AAGCUGCGGAGUUGCCGAGAAAAGCGUCGCCUUACUCCACCUGUAUAAGCAAUCACGCUCGUCAAAUCAGACUCGAGAGAGAGUAGCUUUUGUUUUUCUCGCGAAACAAGCCCACACGUUUGCCUUCAUUGUUGUUGUUGUUGAAGAGCUAUGGCCUGUGCGAGUUUCGCAAAUCUCAACGCGUCGUCUUCGCAGUGGAUCGGACGGCAAUCCUUCACUCAGCGCAACGGAUCGUCCAAAUGCCUCGCUACUCGCCGAGUCUCCCUCCCGAUCCGCGCCAGUGCUUACACCGACGAACUCAUCCAGACGGCUAAAACUAUUGCAUCUCCUGGUCGUGGUAUCCUUGCCAUUGAUGAGUCCAAUGCAACCUGUGGCAAGAGACUAGCAUCCAUAGGCUUGGACAAUACUGAGCCCAACCGUCAAGCUUAUAGACAACUUUUGCUAACCACGCCUGGCCUCGGUGAAUACAUUUCUGGUGCCAUUCUUUUUGAGGAAACACUUUACCAGUCAACAACUGACGGAAAGAAGUUUGUAGACUGUUUGCGUCAUCAGAACAUUGUGCCUGGCAUCAAAGUUGAUAAGGGUUUGGUUCCACUACCUGGGUCAAACAAUGAAUCUUGGUGUCAAGGUUUGGAUGGUCUGGCUUCGAGGUCUGCUGAGUACUACAAACAAGGUGCUCGUUUUGCUAAAUGGCGAACAGUUGUAAGCAUUCCUAGUGGUCCUUCGGCUCUGGCUGUUAAGGAAGCUGCUUGGGGACUUGCACGUUAUGCUGCCAUUUCUCAGGACAAUGGUCUUGUGCCCAUUGUGGAGCCUGAGAUUCUUCUUGAUGGGGAACAUCCAAUUGAGAGGACGCUUGAAGUUGCAGAAAAGGUCUGGGCUGAAGUCUUCUUCUACUUGGCUGAAAACAAUGUGACAUUUGAAGGAAUCCUUCUUAAGCCUAGCAUGGUCACUCCUGGCGCAGAGCACAAGGAGAAGGCUUCUCCAGAAACCAUCGCCAAGUAUACACUCACAAUGCUUAAAAGGAGAGUUCCUCCUGCAGUUCCAGGAAUCAUGUUUUUGUCCGGAGGCCAGUCUGAAGUGGAGGCUACACUCAACCUGAAUGCAAUGAACCAAAGCCCUAACCCAUGGCAUGUUUCCUUCUCAUAUGCCCGUGCCCUGCAGAACACUGUGCUCAAGACAUGGCAAGGACAACCUGAGAAUGUGGAAGCCGCACAAAAGGCAUUGUUGGUUCGAGCAAAGGCAAACUCACUGGCUCAGCUGGGGAAAUACUCUGCAGAAGGUGAAAGUGAGGAAGCCAAGAAAGGAAUGUUUGUCAAGGGUUAUACCUACUAAGCACAAUCCUGACACUAUUCGUGUGCUGUAGGGUAGUCGAACAAUUUGUACUUCUGUAUUGCAAGUUUUCUUGUUAGUUAUUUAUGCAGUGAAAAACUAAAAUAUGUUAGAUUGUUAGAUAAACUUUCCCCAUCUCAUUUUGUUAUUUUCUUAAUAGAGCGCUUGAAUAAGACCAGGGAGAAAGAAAAUGUUUUGAACUGUAAGUUGAAGGUGAGAGUAUUGGAAAGCAAAAAUAUAUCAAUGGAUCUUGAAAUCCUUCUUGUUCUUC